AUGAUAGUGAUAUAAGGAAUUCUACUAAAGCAGCUAGUAUGAUUUGGUCAAAACUUCUUUUUACUCAUCAAAAUAUUCAUAAAAUUUCGAAGAAUGUUUCUAAGGCCAAAGGAUUAUCUUCAACAGAUUUGAAUAAUAGUGUUUUAUUAUCGGGUAGUGUUUCUUCAAAGCAUGUUAGAGUUGAAGAUGACGAUGAUUCUAUUGAAUCUAAUAAUGUUCUUAGUAGUGUUGAUGGUGAAUACUCUAAGUCAGUUGGUGUUAGUAAUUCUAUUAAUAUUGUUCAGAAUGAUGAGAUUGAAGCUAUGGUUAAAAAGGAGAAUAGUCAGGGAAAUGCUAAUUAUGGUAGUAAGAAAAAAAUAAUUAUGUUGGUCAUUCUUUACGUAGUGGUUUAA